AUGCACAGCAGCCUUAUCCCGCGAGUGCAACGCCACUCCCCUAACACAGCAUCGCCAGAACAGCAGGGGGAGACGGCGCAGGAGCAGGACGAGGGCCAGGCUCUGUGGGGGCGGAGGCACGCGUUUUGUUCAGCGUGCCACAUCUCGGCCGGCGUGUGCCAGCGGCCUGGAGCACUCCCCUGGCCACGGCGGCAGGGGCGUGGGCGCUGCGAGGCCCUCUGGCUGGACCGCUCACAGAGGGACCAUCUGCGCAAAGGUGGCCUCCUGCGCCACACGUCGAUCGUGAUGGUGCGCCAGAUUCUCCGGCUCGUCCUUGUCCCAGUCCUUGAGCAGCGUCGGCGGCUCGUUCUCUCGGGCGCCCUCUGCGCCGGCUCUCUCUGCAUUGCUCCGCGGGCGCGAGGUGCGCGCGCGUGA